AUGGAGACUCCUUUCAAGUUCACAUUUUUCAUGGCUCUUCUCCUCACAUCAUGUGUAGUGCUGUCAACUUUGGAGAAGACUGAAGCACAGGGUGCAAAGCCAAUCUCAUGCAAUACAGAUGCCGAUUGCAAGAAAGUCUGCAAGACAUUUUUCAAGUGUUCUUUCCAUGUUUGCGAGUGCCAACCAGGGAAUCCCAAUUGCUGUUAA